AGCGAAAGUGUCCGGACACACCGGAACCAUUGAGUUCAGAGGGACAGACGCGGUCCGGGGACACCUGUGUCUCUGCAGGUCAUUCAGCGUCUCACUCGGAUCAUCCUCCCUCCAGCAGAUAAGUUGUGCUCUCUAUCAGUGUUGCUUCGCCUCUCGUUCUGCACGGAUGAAGCACAGCGGCUCCUCCUGAUUCAGUGAGUGAAAGAGAGAGCAAAGAGGAGGAGCGUGGAGGAAGGAGGGCAGCAACAGUUUCACACUGCUCCAGAGAGAGAGGCGUGUUAGAGCGAGGGCGACGGACGGAGGGGCAGAGGAGCUCGCUGCAGUGCAGGUGGAUCUCAGCCGUGUGGUGGAGAGGACGACUCAGAGGCGGCAGUUUGACUCGGAUCGUCGGUUCAGCAGGAAUGACUCAGUGGGCCGGCUCCGCGGAGGGAAUUGCUGCUUCAGGCCGAAUGAUUUGCAGCCCUGCUGGCCUCGAUUUCCUCUCCCAGGGAGAUGUUUGUAUCUCUCUGAAUUCAACACCGCAUGCCCGCUCUCGGGGUCAAGGUCUGAGAUGCAUCAUUGUGGCCAAUGAAGAUAGAUUUCUCAGGGUCACAUGUGACUUAUCGCUCUUCGAACUUGUACGUGUAAUUCGAUAACAUUUUAGAAGUAGCCAAAUGAAGUUAGUUUUCCCCACAUGCAGAGUCUGAGGAGGGGAGCACAGAGCAAUUCCAUGGUGAAGUAUGGUCCCCUCUUUCUCAAUCAACCCCGGUGACCUAAGCACCUCUCCAACUCUUCUCCUUAUGUUUCCACUUAAGGAGGGAUGAUGGACUGUGCAGCAUCUUUCAAACAGAGAUCCUAGUCUCCUGCAGUUUGAAACAAAACUCUCAUUUGGCCAGCUCUGCUUGUUUAUACUUAAGCAGACAAAACAGGUGUGUGUGUGUGUUAUAAAAAGACAGGAAGGGGUGUGUCUUAUCAUCCAAGAAAUGGGUGUUGUCUCCUCAUGCUAACUUGUGUUGUAAAUCACUGUUUUAUGUAAUGGUACGCUGGGUUUGUGACUGUGUGUGUGUGUGUGAAAUAGCUUGGCUAGCCUGCUUGCGAUUAUGUCAUUCAACAUGGUUUCCAGCUGUCCGAGUCAGCUGCAUUUAAUUUAGCUUUCAAGAGAGUCAUCCCCAAGUUGUGUGUGUGUGUGUGUGUGUGUGUGUGUGUGUGUGUGUGUGUGUGUGUGUGUGUGUGUGUGUGUGUGUGUGUGUGUGUGUGUGUGUGUGUGUGUGUGUGUGUGUGUGUGUGUGUGUGUGUGUGUGUGUGUGUGUGUGUGUGUGUGUGUGUGUGUCUGUCUCUGUGUGUGUGUGUGUGUGUCUUUAAAAUUUAUCCUAAAUCGUUUGCAUAAAAAUGCACACUCAAUAAACUCUGUAGUCACACGCUGGCCCACAGAGUGAAGAAAUUAUAGCCGUCAGUUACUGGCUGAUAAAAGCUCUGACUUUCUUUUUUUCAUUCCUCUUUCAUGAUUGGGAUUUGGGUCUGACGGAGCGCUGUGGUCCAACUCUUAAGUUAAACCAAAUGUCUUUGGGCCGGGUCCCACUGAGCGGCUUAAACGUAGAGUCAGAGCCAUUGACUGAGUGAGCGAGGUGAAGCAGGCAUGAGUGCGGACAGCCAUCAGGAGGUGGUGACCACUCCCCCUCCGCCUGGUGGAGGGACCAAGGAGCGCUACUUCGACCGGGUCAACGUCAAUGAUCCCGAAUACAUCAGGGCCAGGAACAUGUCGCCCGACCUGCGGCAGGACUUCAACGUUCUGGAGCAGAAGAAACGUGUCACACAGAUUCUACAGAGCCCCGCCUUCAAGGAGGAGCUGGAGGGUCUGAUCCAGGAGCAGCAGAGGAAGGGGAACAACCCCUCCGGCCUGCUCGCCCUCAGACAGAUCGCAGACUUCUUCAUGGCCAGCUCAGUGGCUGGUUUCAACACCUCCUCCCUCAGUCUGGGGAUGGUCACGCCCAUCAACGACAUGUACGGAGUGGAAUCCGCCACCAUGGUGAAAGGCGAGAGGCUGACGCGCUGUAAACUGGCCAGCCUCUACAGACUGGUGGACCUGUUCAGCUGGGCACACUCCGCCAACUCUUAUAUCACAGCCCGAGUCAGUAAAGAGCAAGACCACAUCCUUAUCCUCCCGAGAGGUCUGUCAUUCGCUGAGGCCUCUGCAUCAAACCUGGUGAAGGUCAACAUCAUCGGGGAUGUGAUCGAGCAGGGCUCCACCAACCUGAGGGUCGACCCUGCAGGGUUCAGCCCCCACGCCGCCAUCUACUCAAUGCGUCCAGACAUACGCUGCAUCAUACAUGUGCACACUCCUGCCACGGCUGCAGUUUCAUCUAUGAAGUGUGGAAUCCUGCCCAUUUCCCAGGAGGCAUUAAUCCUGGGUGACAUCGCAUACUACAACUACCAGGGCAGCCUGGAUGACCAGGAGGAGCGCCGAGACUUGCAGAAGGCCCUGGGGCCGACAACAAAGGUGCUGGUGCUGAGGAAUCAUGGCGCGGUUGCUCUUGGGGAAACCGUUGAAGAGGCCUUUCAGGUCAUCUACAAUGUCCAGUAUGCCUGUGAAAUCCAGGUGCAUGCCAUCUCGUGUGCCGGCAGCGUGGACAACCUGAUCGUGCUGGACCGGGAGAAGUACAAAUCGCGAACGGCCGACAUUGCCACAGCAGGUCACAUCAACAUGGCCAGCCAGAUCAAGUGGAAGGCAGGGGAGCUGGAGUUUGAGUCCCUGAUGAGGAUGCUGGAUAACCUGGGCUACCGGACCGGCUACACCUACAGACACCCCAUCGUCCGGGAGAAGCCGCGGCACAAGAGCGAUGUGGAGAUCCCCGCCACCGUCAGCGCGUUCCUGUUCGAGGAGGAGGAGGACUGCAGUGCCACGCGCCUGCCCUACAAGUUCCUGCAGCAGCGGCAGCAGAGGGAGAAGACGCGCUGGCUCAACUCGCCGAACAGCUACACCAAGGUCAACGUGGAGGGCGGCGACGAGCGCUACAACAGCCGGACGACCACGUGGUUGAAGGCGGAGGAGACAGGAACCCCGAUCAGGAUCGAGGACCCCAAUCAGUUUGUCCCUCUCAACACGGACCCCACUGAGGUUCAGCAGAAGAGGAACAAAAUCAGAGAGCAGAACCGGUUUGAUGUGAUGACGUCAGGUCCACGCUCUCAACACCUCGCAGGAAUCCCUGUCGACGCACCACGACAGCCAUACGUGCCCACAGAGGAGGAGCAGAUGGUUCCCCAGCCUCCGAACCCCUUCAGUGAGCUGUUGGACAAGGACCAAGAGCAGUUCCGCAAAAAAGCCGAGCGAGGGCAACUGGGACUCAGUGAUGGCGAGCACGAGCUAACCUCCGACGACGGCUCCACUCUCUCUCAGUCUCUGUCUCUCACCCAGUCCCCGCACAGCACUCCGGCUAAAGAAGACAACCACGGGGGCCUGAUGAACGGCAAAGACAACCACAGGGACGUGGACGAGGAGCUGUCCAAGCGCGUCAGCCAGCUGACCACCAGCGUGGAGAGCGUGGAGAUCACGGUGCGCUCCGGCGAGAAGAUCGAGGAGGCGCUGUCUCCCGAGAGCUCGCCCUCCAAGUCCCCCAACACCAAGAAGAAGAAGAAGUUCCGCACCCCUUCCUUCCUGAAGAAGAACAAAAAGAAAGAGAAGACGGAGGCCUGAGAUUAAACGAGCGUCAGGGGCGAGGCAGGCGGGGGAAUCCUUCUGUGUAGAAGAGUGAGGGGGGGCAGUCACCGCUUCUGUUAAAGCGUCUGUGUUUUUUAUUUUGUCUCUGUGUUUAAUGUCCUUUUAUGUUUUUAAUUUUAUUAGAUUUUUUUAACAAAAGGUUUUAUGUGCAAACGGCAAAAGAAAGGAUUACAGAAAAAAAAAAGAAUUGGUUUGUAACAACAAGAGUAUGUUGGGGGAGUUUGGGAUGAGUGUGGGGGUCCACAUAUUCAAACUGCAGUGGUCAGGUGUCUGGUGUCCACACACCUGAUCACCGUGCAGGUCUGUAACAAGGCUCCAUAGAAGCCAGCAAGUGCCAUUUGAGGCCAUUUAGCUCCUGAGUCUCUGGCUCCUCCUGAGUCUCUGGCUCCUCCUGAGUCGUCUCCCCUCGGCUGAUGAUCCCAACUUGAAACCACAGAGCGUAUUGCUUGCGUCAAAAUCCAAUUUUAUGAAAUGAUUGGAUCGCAACCUGAAAGUUGUAAAACUGCACAAGUCGAAACUAAAACCUCUUGUUCAUUAUUUAACCUGUCCAGACUUCCGGGUCUUUUCGGGUUUCGUCUUUUUCUCACAUUCUGGUGACCUGACACAUCGGGGGAACCGAGAGGCCACAUGAAACCUGAGGUCACACUGGAAUGAGUUUGUGUGGAUUCCUCUGCUGUGAGGGACGUUUCUCUCUCACUCUCUUCGGGCUUCUUUACGGCGCAAGGCAUCCGAUACAAACCUUCUCCACGGCCGAUUGUGUCUGACGAGUUACCGGGUUAACAAACUGGACUAGAGGGUCAGGAUGAGGCUGGUGGUCCGUCACAGCCGAGUCCACGUUAUCUCACGAGAGCUGCCGACAAAUUAAAUAUAUUUAUGUAGCAUUGUUCCUUUUCUUCAUCUCAGUGUUUUUUGCCAAACUAAAUGAAAGAAUGAAAAAAAAAAAGAUCUCAUUUUAGCAAGUGUCCGCGUCUAGUUUGUCAUCUCAUGAAAUUUUAACUUUUUUACCGAAACAAAUUCGGUAUCAGUCGACUAUGUUUUGUACUCGUUUCUAAGCUUUUCCAGAGAACACAGAUGUUACGCAUGUCUUCUCUUUUGCGAGAGCUGAAUUUCUGCGGCUGACUAUGUUCUGUAGUGAUGCCCGAUUGCUCAAAUUAUAUUUUAGUCUUCAGAGUACACAAAUUUACUAUAUAACAUGAAAACUGGAUAUGUUGGCUAUAGAUUUUUAACUAUAUAUUUUUUAUUCUAUUGUGCUGCACUUUUCUCGUGAUAUAUAACACAUUUUAGUUGCAGGUGGUUUCACCAGUGAAGGAGAUUGUGAAGUAUUUGGUAAAAGUAGCAAAGCAAGGCAUGGGGUUGGGGAAAGAUACAAAGUUGUCCGGGGGCCCAGAAAGUGAGUCGCAUGGAGACAGAAAGAAAAGUCGUUCAUUGGUGUCGCACAUGAGAAGUGAUCAACACGUCUCAAGUCAACAGAAAUAACAGAAAACAGGAAGUGUAGCAUUGAAACACUGCAUUGAACUCUCCGCAGUCGUUUGCUGUUAUGAGAAUCUUGGGUCGUGGAGCAGUGACAUAUUUGUUUUUGGUGUGUUUGUGCGUUUGUUUUUAAAGCCAUAUUGUAAUUAUUUUCCUCCAUAAAUUUGCUUUUUUUUAACGAUGAGACAAGGGUUGCGAUUCUCGUCUGCCUGCGCAGCCGUCGAGGACCCUCAUAAGACUUAUAUUAAAUCACCCCAGUGACUGCAUCGACUCCUCUCAGGCUUCCUCCCCCAAAAAAACCUCCUAAUCUCUGUAGCUACAUUCACAGUAGCUACGCUUCCCCGCUGAAUUUUCUCAUUUACUUCCUACUGGUACUGGAACCAUUUGAGGGAGGUUGUAUGGACAGUUAUUUUAUUAUUUUAUUAUCUUUGAUCACUCUGCAAGCCCGGUCGUCAUUUCAGUUUCUAAAGCCUCCCCUCGUGUAAUUUCCCCGGCAAACACGAUUGUGGCGUAACCGUCAGAUGACCCACAGUUGAACUCUGCAAAAGCCAAAGUGUGAUGGGUUGCCACACAUCCCCCCCCCCCGGUUGCCACACAUCCCCCCCCCCGGAGUUUAACCAGAUAUACCAAUAUCCCAGUUAGCAAUGUGAAGUAUUGGAUUUGGAGGGAGGGAAGGAGGGAGGGUUUGGGGACACAUCUUUAGCCGUGCUGGAGGCUUUCGGCUCCGGGUGGAGAGCUGAGGUCACACAAGUGAGUGACGGAAAAAGGGAGGUGUGAGUUUGGAAAUGAAAAGUGCAUAUGUCUGCGUGUGUUUGUGUGUGUCUGUGUGUGUGCGCACGUGCGAGAGAAGUAGAGACGGGGCGGGGGGGGUAAAGACAACCUGACACUAACGCACCAUGUUUUCAUCACGCAGACUUGUCUCUUUUUUGUUUUUCUUUCACACCAUCUCUCCUGAAAAUGUUUUUUUUCAUCCUCCAUUUGUAUCGCAGUACGCUGUCUUUUCCUUCUUUCCGUUUGCAAAGAGCACAUGGCUUUUCUUUUUUGUUAAUCAGCCAUUUUAUGAGCAUCCGUUGCUCCCAGAUGAACUGAAUGUGCAUUGCAUCCUUUUUGUUCCCUCCUCUUCUGUUUCCAGCUGUUUGCACCUUGCUUUACUAAUUUACACCUUUUUUUUUCUGUUUAAAAAAAAAAAAAAGAAAAAAGAAAAGAUGGAGUUCUGCUUUGGCAUGCCAGAAUGAGCCAAGCUACUUUGUGACCUGUGAAAAUCCUAUAUACAUGGUUAUCUAAUGGAGUUGCUUUUAGAUGUAUUGCUAAUCAGUGUACAUUCACAAAUAAAACUGUAUUUUAAGAAACGGAA